AUGAACAAAUUUGAAGAUGAUUUGAAAUACGCGCAAAAAGCUAAUGGAAAUGAGUUUUUGAAUUGGUUACAGAAUCUAAGCUUUGAACUAAUUAAAUAGAAAGAAUAUUCCUAUAGUUAAGAGUUUUUGAAAAAUUAACAUUUGGUGUAUGAACUAAUUUUCAAAUAAGAUGGCAUAUUGAAUAGUAGUUUUAGAACAACCUAAAUGAGAUUUGGAUCUAUAGAGGAUACUCUAUUUUUUAUUAAAAUUCUUAAUAUCCUCUCUCCUAAUGAAUCAUCAUUCUAUCACUCAUUACCCUCUGAAUAUCCCUUUAAUCCAGUUCAAAUUGAUAUUUUACCUGCUCAUUUACAAUUAUAUUUUAAGGAUUCUUCUAUUGUUAACAUGAAUUCAUAAUUUUAAACUUUCUAAGAAAUAUUUUAGGACAACAUUUUAGUAGAAAAAAAUCAACUUAAAUUCUGUGUUAGCGCUAAAAUGAUGUUUUGGAUUUAUUUAUUAAAUGGAGCUGUAAAUUUUAAAGAAAGCGCAUUACAUACUACAGAAAACAGCUAAAAAAUUCUAGAUUGUGCAUUUAGUAAGUGCAAAAAUAAAAGUAGUACCAAAGACUUUUUAUUAAAAUAACUAACUUUUAAUCCUUACUUAAUCUUGGUUAGAAGAAUCAUUGAAUAUAUGGUUGCGUAGAUCAAACCAAAUAAUCCUCUUUAAAAUAAUUAAAAUAAGUAAGUUACUAUUUUCACAUUUCAAUAAAUGAUAAUCUUAUUAUAAGAAUAUUCUAUGUAUGAACAUUUAUAUGUAUCAAAAUUAAUUGAUUUAAAUCUAACAACUGAAUAAUAAAAGUUAUUUUAUAAAAUCAAACCAAGUAGUGUUAUAUUAGAUACUCAAAUGAUGUUAAUAUAUCUAACUAUAUUCUUUAAUAAUAGAUUUGGAUAAGACUUAGAAGCCACAUAUACAUAAUUUAAACAUUUUGUAAGGAAUACUGAUAUCUUCAAUAAACAAAGCUAAAUAUUCUAUUAAAACAGGGGAUUCUUUUAUGAAUGCGGAAGACAAAAACAGUUAAUCACAUACUAAUAAGGAUUAUAUAAAUUUUUAUAGAAUGCCUUUGAGAUCUAUCACACUGAAAGAUAAUGCAAUCAAAUUUCAUUACUUUCCCAUUUAUCCACAUAUGUUUUAUUUCUUAGAUAAUAAUUUGCAGUCUAUGAAAAUUAAAUAUAUAAUUAGGUUUUGAUAUUUGAUUAAGCCCUUAUAUCUUGCCUAAUAUCACAAAAUACUAUAUUAAAUUAUCUUACUAAACAAUAAAAUUUUUAAUUCAAAAGUAAUAAUCCAAUUACUCGAUUUAUCUUAAGUGAAUUGCAACCUAUAUAUUAAAUAUGUAAAAACAAAUUUGGUUAAUCUCCUUAAGCGAUACUGUUUAAAGAAUUUAGACCUUCAAAUUUAUUUCAAUGCAUGGAUACUAAAUUUAAUGGACAUCAAUAUUAAUUAGAUUUUCAUUUUAGAGAAUUAGAUUAACAUAAAAAUCAUAUGAAAAAUCUUCUAAGGGUAUAUUACCCAUUCUUUACUAAACUAUUAAUUACUAUUUUUAAAUCCAUCAAUAAUUUAAACUACAUUAGUGAAUCAGAAUAUCAAGGAAUAAUGCAUUUAUUUACAUUUAUAUAUUCUUAGGAUUAGAAUUCCUUCUUUUGUGAUUUAUUGAAGUUCUAGAAAAAUUAGCCUUACCAAAUUCCUGCAUUCUCUGAAGUCAAGAACUUCUGUGAUAUAUACAUCUAAGACAACAAAGAGGAAGAUUUUUUGAUAAAAUAAUGUGAGAAUAUUGAGAAAUUGAUUCAACAAAUCAUUAUUCAAUUGAUGCAAUUCUAGCAGCAAAAGAAGAUUAAAAAUGAUAAAAUUGUGUUUUUUUUAGGUUAACAAUUUAACAUUCCAAUCUCCACUAUAAAAGUAAUGCCCAUAAGAAAUUAAAGUCCCUCCAAAAGUACUGGAAGGUUAUCUAGAACGAAAAUUUAAAUUAAUGAAUGGAAAGCACCUUUGAGAGAUUAUGAGUUUUAUUACUUCUUAGUGAUUAUGUGGUAUUUAAGCUUAGGACUAGAUAAAAUUCGAGGUUUAGAAAAGAGUGAUUAUCCAUCAACCUAAUGGCCUAGAAAGUUAGCUUCGCCUGUGAAUCUGCUAAUUGUGUCAAUUCUAACAUACAUUGUAGUAAGUUUAAUUUUCAUGCUCAUUUGA